AAAAGGUUGUUGAAGUACCAUUCAACUCCACCAACAAGUUCCAGCUGUCAGUGCAUGAGUUGGAGGACCCCAUGGACCUGCGCUACCUGCUGGUGAUGAAGGGGGCGCCAGAGAGGAUCUUGGAGCGCUGCUCCACCAUCCUGAUCAAGGGCCAGGAGAUGCCUCUGGAGGAACAGUGGAAAGAGGCCUUCCAGACCUCAUACAUGGACUUGGGGAGCCUGGGGGAGAGAGUGCUGGGUUUCUGUUACAUCUAUCUAAAUGAGAAUGAGUUCCCUCGUGGUUACAAGUUUGACUCUGAUGAGAUGAACUUCACCACGUCUGGUUUGUGUUUUGCUGGACUCAUCUCCAUGAUCGACCCGCCCCGCGCCACUGUGCCUGACGCUGUCAUGAAGUGCCGCACGGCUGGAAUAAGGGUAGUCAUGGUGACAGGUGACCACCCGAUCACGGCCAGAGCCAUCGCUGCCAACGUUGGCAUCAUCACAGAGGGCAGUGAGACAGUAGAGGACAUCGCUACCAGGAAACGCAUCCCAGUGGAGCAGGUCAACAGGAGGGAUGCCCGUGCCUGUGUGAUCAGUGGUGGUCAGCUGAAGGACAUGAGCAGUGAAGAGCUGGAUGAAGCGUUGAGGAGUCACCCUGAAAUGGUGUUCGCCCGCACCUCCCCCCAGCAGAAACUCAUCAUCGUGGAGAGCUGUCAGCGCCUGGGCUCCAUUGUGGCUGUGACAGGCGAUGGGGUGAACGACUCCCCUGCAUUGAAAAAGGCAGACAGUAUUGCCAUGGGCAUAGCUGGCUCUGAUGCAGCUAAGAAUGCAGCUGACAUGAUUCUGCUGGAUGACAACUUUGCCUCCAUCGUCACAGGGGUGGAGCAGGGCCGUCUGAUCUUUGACAACCAAAAAUCCAUUGCGUACACACUGACCAAAAACAUUCCGGAGCUCACACCCUACCUCAUCUAUAUCACUGUCAGUGUUCCUCUGCCAUUGGGCUGCAUCACCAUCCUCAUGAUCGAGCUGGCCACUGACAUUGUUCCCUCUGUGUCUCUGGCCUAUGAGAAGGCAGAGAGUGAUAUUAUGCAUCUGAAACCCAGGAACCCGCGUAAGGAUAGGUUGGUGAACGAAUCUCUGGCUGCCUACUCCUACUUCCAGAUUGGAGCGAUCCAGUCUUUCGCUGGUUUCACAGACUACUUUACAGCGAUGGCCAGGAAGGCGUAUCCCCUGCUGUGUGUGGGGCUCAGGUCCCACUAGAACGUCCAUCUGCAGGACCUGCAGGACAGCUAUGGCCAGGAGUGGACAUACGCCCAGCGUCUGUAUCAGCAGUACACCUGCUACACUGUCUUCUUCAUCAGUAUCGAGAUCUGCCAGAUCGCUGACGUGUUGAUCAGGAAAACUCGCCGUCUGUCCAUCUUCCAGCAGGGCUUCUUUAGGAACAAGGUGCUAGUGAGUGCCAUCGUCUUCCAGCUGUUACUGGGUAACCUGCUGUGCUACUGCCCAGGGAUGCCCAACAUUUUCAACUUCAUGCCCAUUAGGGGCCAAUGGUGGUUUGUUCCAAUCCCAUACGGAAUUCUAAUCUUUGUCUAUGACGAGAUAAGAAAGCUGGGGGUCAGAAGACAUCCAGGAAGUUGGUGGGACCAGGAGCUGUAUUAUUGAGAUUAGAGGGCAGAUAUCUAGACCAAAGCCAAAAGUAGAAAGAUGCAGGUUAGCGUUUUCCGUCAUGAAUCUUGUUCUGGAGGCAGCUCUGCUCUGCAGUGGUCACUAGUUGGCCCAGCCACAAAGUCAUAAAAUAU